AUGGCUCUUUCUUCAUUAGCAGAGUUCUUGCAGGUUUUGGUUGUAGUGCUCUCUUUCAUGGCACUGGGUGUAUUAUUGUCAUUGAUUGUUUUGAUUAUGAAAUGCAUGCAAGGACAUCGUGAUGAUGGUUUUUCUCAGCAGAAGACUCAGACUUCUCACAAGACACAGAUUAAGAUUGUUGAAUCUGCUUCUCCUUCUCCUUUCCACUCUAUUGCUCAGUCUCCUUUUCCAUCUCCUUUUCCUUCUCCUUCUCCUUUUCGCCCUAUUGCCGUUGCUUCUAGUCCAAAUUCUUUUUAUUCUCCUUCUCCUUCUCCUUCUCCUCCUCCUCCUCCUCCUCAUUCUCAUCCUCCUCCCAUUGCUGUUGCUUCUACCUCAAACACUCUUCCUCCUCCUCCUCCCAUUACUGUUGCUUCUACCUCAAACUCUUGA